AUAUUCACCAGAAUCACUACAACAUUUCAACCCCCACCACAGAAGAAACCCCUCUCUCAUUCUCUCCCAUGCGUUUCUAAAAAACCAAAGCUUUUUUAUUAUUUUCUUCGCCAAAGAUCGCAGGAUGUCGUCGCCGAGGUUCCCAGGUGGUGGAGCCUCUGAUUUCUACGGCGGAGCAGGAGGAUUUCCCAGUCAAUCCACGGCGCUUCAACCCACCAUGAACAACCACUCCGCCACCACACACCACCCUCUAUACCGAUCCCAACCUUCAAUUUUUCUAAACCCCUCGUCCCACAUCGCCCAACACCAAACACCCACUCUCAUCGGUAAACGCACCCUCGCCGAAUUCCAAACCCACAACCACAGCCUUAACCUUAUUAACAACAACGAUAACCUACUCCUUUCAAACCAUCAACUUCGUUCUGUGAAGCCCAGAACUUUCCAGCACACAGAAUUAUCCACCUUUCCGUCACGUCGUUACGGCCUACCCCUUCUCCACCACCUUCGCCCUAACGCUGUUAACGCACAACAACAACCCGUUACGAAUUCGAUCCUCGCCAAUACAAAUUAUUUGUCUCCGGUUCACAGCAGACUAACCGCAACCCACGAACCGGAGAAGAACCUAAUAGCCCUCCGUCUCCAGGAGUUGGAAAAGCAGCUUCUAGAAGACAAUGAAGACGACGCCGUUUCGGUCAUUACCACCACCACUUCUGAAUGGUCACACACAAUACAAAACCUAAUCACUCCGCAGAAACCCGCGUCUUCGUCUCCCACUUCCUCUACGACGUCGUCUAACACCUCCGUAGAAUCCAGCAGUUACAAACAGUCCCUAACGGAGGCCGCAACCGCGAUUUCAGAAGGCAAAUUCGAUGCCGCCACUGAGAUCCUAACCCGAUUGUCGCUGAAUUCAGAUCAACGCUUCGUGAAUUGCAUGGUUUCUGCGCUCAAAUCUCGGAUGAAUCACGUUGAGUAUCCACCUCCGGUUGCCGAAUUGUUCGGCACAGAACACGCCGAGUCGACUCAGUUGCUGUUCGAGUACUCGCUCUUCUUCAAGGUCGCACGCAUGGUCGCCAACAUCGCAAUACUCGAAUCCGCAUUAACCGAGAGCGGGAAGCUCUGCGUGGUGGAUUUCGAUAUCUGCGACGAGAACCAAUACGUGAGUCUUCUUCACGAGCUUUCGGCCCGGCGGAAGGGCGCUCCGGCUGCCGUGAAGAUCGUCGUGGUGACGGAGAAUUGCGCCGACGACGAGAGGCUGAAUAUUGUGGGCGUGUUGCUGGGGAGACACGCGGAGAAGCUUGGGAUUGGCUUCGAAUUCAAAGUGCUGACUCGGAGAAUCGCCGAGUUGACUCGCGAGUCGCUGGGUUGCGACGCGGACGAGCCGCUGGCGGUGAACUUUGCGUACAAGCUUUAUAGAAUGCCUGACGAGAGCGUCUCCACGGAGAACCCUCGCGACAAGCUUCUGCGGCGUGUGAAGACACUCGCGCCGCGCGUGGUGACGCUGGUGGAGCAGGAUGCCAACGCCAACACGGCGCCGUUCGUGGCUCGAGUAACCGAGUUGUGCGCGUAUUACGGCGCGCUGUUCGACUCGCUCGAGUCGACGAUGGCACGGGAGAACUUGAAGCGAGUCAGGAUCGAGGAGGGACUGAGUCGGAAGGUGGUGAACUCGGUGGCGUGCGAAGGAAGGGACCGCGUGGAACGGUGCGAGGUGUUUGGGAAGUGGCGCGCGCGUAUGAGCAUGGCUGGGUUCAGGUUGAAGCCACUGAGUCAGCGAGUCGCUGAUUCGAUCAAAGCGCGACUCGGUGGCGCUGGGAACCGAGUCGCGGUAAAAGUAGAGAACGGUGGGAUUUGCUUUGGCUGGAUGGGAAGAACUCUCACCGUCGCAUCUGCUUGGUGUUAACUAGUUAACUCAACUUUUUACUCUCUUUAUUUUAAAUUUCUUUGGAUAUUUCAUAUUUGUAUACACAUUGUUAUUAUAUUUUAAUGUUACCUAGAGAAAGUGAAAAAUCAUAGAGUUGGAAAAUUAUAAUUAAACAAUAUCCCGCGCCCCUUCUUUCUUCUGCCAAACAGGCAAAUAGUAAAAAGUCUUUGGAUUCCGAGAAAAUUUAUGUGACUUGAUGCAGCAUUUAUGAA